GAGGGUACAUUUUAUUAUUAUUAUUUUUUUGACCAAAAUGAUAUCAGCUUAAAGAUGGGUAGAUUUUACUCUUUAAUUUUAGAAGCUAAAUUUUCUUUAUUUUUUCAUUUUUUAUAUACGUCGGUGUAGGUUUAUAUUGUAUAUAUGGGCGCACUGCCAAAGGAUUAUGAGUAUUCGGAAAAUGAAAUAUCACUGGAAUCACUCCAUCAUAGCAUUCUGGAAGAAGUUCUAGAGGGCAGCUCAGCAAAAGAGUCCAUAAUCUACAGCUAUAAAAAGAGUUUCAAUGGAUUUGCAGCGAGGCUCACCGAGCAAGAGAAACAAAAGAUAGCUGGCAUGGAAGGCAUAGUAUCAGUGUUUCCAAGCAAAACUCACAAGCUUCACACCACAAGAUCAUGGAAUUUCAUGGGCUUCUCUGAAAUGGUGAGAAGACAGCCAGACGUCGAGAGCGACAUCAUCAUUGGUAUGCUAGACAGUGGAAUUUGGCCGGAAUCAGACAGCUUCAACGACGAGGGAAUGGGGCCCCCUCCAAGUAAAUGGAAGGGAUUUUGCGUAAGCAUCAGUUGCAACAAUAAGAUCAUCGGCGCUCGCUUCUACAAACAUGGCAGUAUUUACCCUGAUGGGGAGGACCAUUCACCCCGUGACACAAAAGGACAUGGGACCCACACCUCAUCGACGGCUGCCGGACGUGAAGUGAGGAAUGCGAACUUCUUCCAUUUGGCAAGAGGAACGGCCCGCGGCGCAGUUCCAUCUGCGAGGCUCGCAGUCUACAAAGUGUGCUGGGGCAAUGGGUGUGCAGAUGCAGACAUCUUCGCUGCAUUUGAUGAUGCGAUCCACGACGGUGUCGACCUCAUAUCUGUAUCUAUUGGGGGAAUGAGUGCCCUCCCUUAUUUCCGAGACACUUUGUCCAUCGGCUCAUUCCAUGCCAUGAAGAAUGGGAUCUUUGUGUCCAUGUCCGCCGGGAAUGGUGGGCCCGAGAGCUUUAGUGCAACCAACGUUGCACCUUGGAUUUUGUCUGUAGGGGCUAGCUCCAUUGAUCGACGAUUCACAACAAAGCUGACGCUCGGAAAUCAAAGGUCCAUUGUGGGAGUUUCCGUCAACACUUUCGCCACCGAAAAAACGUUCGGUCCCUUCAUAUUUGGAGCUGACGCAGCGAAUUCAUUCGAUUCUUAUACUCUAGAGGAUGCAGAUUUUUUUUUCAGUUCAUGUUCUCUUGGAACUUUGGAUCCCAAGAAAGUGAAAGGGAAGAUUGUUUACUGCAACACCGAUAGGUCGGAAGGCGAGGGGCCAUAUGAAGCUGGGGCCCGCGGAUCUGUUAUGAUAGCAGACGGUGAAACUGAUUCUGCGUUCUCUUAUGUUCUACCGAAUCUUGUACUCACCACUGCUGCAGGAAAAGAGGUUUCUGAGUACCUGAACAAGACCAGAAAUCCAGUGGCUAGGAUUCACAAAAGUGGAGCAACCUUUGAUCGAAAGGCCCCCCAAGUCGUUUCAUUCUCUUCCAGAGGACCCAACUCCAUCACGCCAGACGUUCUUAAGCCAGAUAUAACUGCUCCCGGGGUCGAUAUCUUGGCUGCAUGGUCACCAAAAGGCUCAAUUACGGGGUACGAGGGUGAUACACGACAAUCUGAGUAUAACAUCAUUUCCGGCACAUCCAUGGCUUGCCCUCACGCAACCGGUGCAGCCGCCUAUGUCAAAUCAUUUAACCCGUCAUGGUCUCCGGCAGCCAUUAAGUCAGCUCUUAUGACAACAGCUUUUCCCAUGGAUUACUCCGGCAGUCUAGAUCAUGAAUUCAGUUACGGUGCGGGCCAUAUCAACCCUAAGAGAGCAGUAAAUCCCGGUUUAGUGUACGAUGCCACUGAAGCUGACUACAUUCAAAUGCUAUGCAACCAAGGCUACGACGCAAUGCAUCUUCUGCUCAUAACAGGAGAAAGCACCAACUGCCCCAAUGCCACUCUUGGAUUUUCCAGUGAUCUCAACUAUCCAUCGAUGGCUUCUGCAAUCCUGGAACCGACGUAUUUCACAAGGACAUUCCCACGGACGGUCACAAACGUUGGCCCACCAAAUUCCAAGUAUAAGGCGACAAUCAAAUCUAACCAUCGGGUGAACAUCACCGUCGAACCCAGUGUUCUACAUUUCAAGUCAGUCUAUGAGAAGCUCAGCUUUACGGUGACAGUGAUGCUCUUAGGCGAGCCAUUGGAUAAUUUGAAUAUCCUCCCUUCUUCGCUAGUGUGGUCUGAUGGGAAACAUAGAGUUAGAAGUCCCAUAGUUGUGUAUUCAUACUAUGAGUCUGAAUUACCAUCGGAUGGGAAACAUACAGUUAGAAGGCCCAUGUAUUCAGAGCCGCCAGUGCCAGCGCUGUCUCCUUGA